AUGGUCGAAGGUCUCGCCAUCCCCGCCAUUGAUGUCGUGGAUGUCAAUAACAUCACGGCAUCGGAGCCAGUGGCACUUGUAGAGGCACUAGCAAGGGUAAUGCAGCCGGACUUGGAUGACCGCCCUGUUACUCCUGGGACUGCUGACAGAACGUUGACCAAUAACGCGAGAACGCUGACCGACAACCUUUCCUACGUCACCGUUUUGGACAACCUGAACUAUGACCUUGCGAGAAAAAUAAUGACGACGGAAGACGUGAGGCGCAUCAGUACAGACAUGGUACGCUCGGCUGGGCACCUCUUCUAUGAAGCACAGAGCAGAGGAAGUCAGGCAGAGGACGAUCCUACAACGUAUGAUGACGUUUUGUCACCUGAAGAGAGAGAAGAUGGUGAGCGACAAAUGAAGGAAGAACGUGACGAAAUGAAACGAGCCGUUGUUGCACGCGGAAGGAGGAUACUAAACGAUAUGGCGGACCGUCUGAGAAGAGAGCUGACCCCAGGUGGCCCAGCAAUACGCAUCGACACCGACAGCCUCUGUCUGCAAGUCCAGAAAAUCCGUGGAAAGGAUCUGGCAGAUGAUCGAUUAAACGACACAGGCGUGAACAUUGCCUUUCCCCCUGCUGAAAAACUGUUCAAAGGCUUUGAGCCCAUGUAUAUUGACGUUAAGGUCAUCUGUUACCAUGACAACCCUUUCACGUGGGGAAACAACUCAAACAUCAUCAACUCUGGUGUCUACGACAUCUCUCUGAUUCCAUUGACCAUGUCCCCCGGGGAAAUAACAGACACAGAAGAGGAUAUCCUGAUCUCUAUCGCCACCAAUGGCACCAGUGGAGACUACUCUUCCAGUGGACUGGUUCAUGAAGUAGAUUCCACCGGCAAUGGGAGCGUGGUGCACCAUGCGUUCAACAUCUCAGACGUAGAUGAUGCUUUCGUCGUCCAAGUCACUGCGCUGAACAGGAGUUCCAGAAUAUCCGUGUUCGGGAGAGGAGGAGGCUUGGCCCAUAGUAAAAACUGUGAAGUAUGUUUGAUCUGGCAGGACUGGAAACCGACUGCCUCCCAUCUUGGCGCUCCUGAGUCUCGGUCUGUCAUGUUUUUCGUGUCGGGAAAGAAUCAUACCGGAAAGUAUUCUGUUGGAGUAGAGGUUGCUGGUGUGGACGAUGUCUACCAAGAUGCAGUCGAUGACGGCGUACUUCUUGUGGACCCCGAUGAUCAAUCCGGUUUAAGCCUGAAUGGGACCCAGUUCUACAGCCUGAAGGUGCUGCGUCUGAGCUGUCGUUAUUGGGCGGAGGACACAGAGAGCUGGCUGUCCAACGGAUGCACGGUAAGAUUUGAUGUAGAGUAA